AUGCUGGGUGGUAGACUCGUCGUGAUUUCUCUAGUGGUGACCCUAGCUUGUGGCUGUACCUACAUUCCUACGGUAGACCAACAAGACUACUGCUAUGCAGAUUACGCAUUUGAGGCCGAAGUCAAAAGCCCAAAAGAGCUCACUCUGGGAUAUUAUAAGUACGAGAUGUACAUUCAUACAGUGUACAAGGGGGAUAUCAAGGAGAAAUUAGCCACUGACACAAUCUACGGUGAAGGUCCUUUCUUCUCUUGUGGACCCCAGAUAUUAAAUGUCGGCACCACAUACCUGAUUUACGCCAAAGAAAGAGAUGGCAGGGUUAAAAUUGCAAAUUACAAAGAAAUGGAUAGCGUCAGCGAUGACGACAUCGUACGAAUGACGACAAAGUAUGACUGUAGUUGUAAAAUAAAAUUCAAUUACGCCGAGUUUAGAGGAGUUCCGAAUGCUCCGAAACUCCCGAAGGCCAAUGAAAACGAAUGUAAUGUCCCGGAUGAAUGGUGUUAUAAAAGUGGUUUCUGUCAGAGAAAUGACGAGGGCCGAUGUACCUGGGGAGAACUAGGAUCCUGUAACUAGAAGAAACUGGUUGUGUCUUUUAUUAUAUAAUACUGUAAACCUCAGCCAAUAUGACGUAAAAAACAUAAAGUUCGGCAAAAAUUGGAAUAAUGAGGCUAUAUAUAUCUUUCGCAAUGUUUCUUUAUAGAAGAUAGUUUUGAAAUGUUUUUAAAA